GUAAUCGAAAGAACUGAACUGAGUGGCGUUGGAGGCAGUGUUCCUUCCCGCUUGGAGUAUCGUUGAGGAUGGCGAUGACAUAUUCGGGCUAUCAUCAACCUUCGUCCAUAGAAGAAGUUCGAACCCUAUGGAUUGGGGAUUUGCAGUAUUGGGUGGACGAAACCUAUCUCACUCACUGCUUCGCUCACACAGGUGAAGUCCUUUCAAUCAAAAUCAUACGAAACAAGAUAACGGGCCAGCCGGAGGGCUACGGUUUCGUCGAGUUUGUAUCGCACGCCGCAGCAGAGAGGGUUCUCCAGAGUUAUAACGGAACGCAAAUGCCCGGAACAGAACAAAACUUCAGGCUUAAUUGGGCCUCUUUUGGUAUCGGUGAGCGUCGGGCCGAUGCGGGUCCAGAACACUCCAUCUUCGUCGGCGAUCUUGCGCCCGAUGUUACGGAUUAUCUGCUUCAGGAGACAUUUCGGGCCCAUUACCCUUCCGUUAGAGGUGCCAAGGUUGUGACGGAUUCCAACACUGGUCGCUCCAAGGGUUAUGGGUUCGUUAAGUUUUCUGAUGAGAAUGAGAGGAACCGCGCCAUGACGGAAAUGAACGGCGUUUAUUGCUCCACCAGGCCCAUGCGCAUUAGUGCUGCUACGCCUAAGAAGACCACUGCUUUUCAGCAACCUUAUGCUGUUCCUCCACCUAAGGUGGCAGUGAAUACAGUUCAAGUACAAGCAGAUUAUGAUAUAAAUAAUGCUACUAUUUUUGUUGGUAACUUGGAUCUUAAUGUCUCAGAGGAGGAGCUGAAGCAAAACUUUCUGCUAUUUGGAGAGGUUGUUUCUGUCAAAAUUCAGGCUGGGAAAGGAUGUGGUUUUGUUCAAUUUGGGACCAGAUCAUCUGCUGAAGAAGCCAUUCAGAAGAUGCAGGGAAAGAUGAUAGGUCAACAAGUGAUCCAAAUUUCCUGGGGUAGGACCCCAACAGCUAGACAGGAACCUGGUGGCUGGGGACCACAGAUGGAUCCAAGUCAAUGGAGUGCCUACUAUGGGUAUGGACAGGGUUAUGAUGCCUAUGCAUAUGGGGCUACUCAUGAUCCUUCAUUGUAUGCAUACAGUGCAUAUGCUGGCUAUGCACAAUACCCCCAACAAGUUGAAGUUGCCCAAGAUGUGUCAGCUAUGCCUGUGCCUACCAUAGAACAAAGGGAGUUGUAUGAUCCCUUGGCAAUGCCUGAUGUUGAUAAGUUAAAUGCUGCAUACCUCUCAAUACACGGAAGUGCCAUUUUAGGGAGAUCCCUCUGGCAAAAAACCUGUUCGUCUUCCUUACCACAAGCUUAGGAUCUAUUUGUACUGCCCGGUCAACUGUGUGCAUUAUAUUUCUAAAACUCUGCAACUGCAGCUAAAAUGUAGUCGGCUUAGGUUUAAAUUCCUGUUAAUACAAAUGAGUCAAUCCCAAUGAUUUUUCCUUGAACACGGUUGGCUUGUGUAAAGAAUGGAACCCAACAUACAAGUAGAAAUAGUCUUCGAUCAAAUCAAUCCAAUUACCAAUGUUAAUUAAUCGUGUUUAUGAAGCAGGGAUACAUCUUUUUUCGUCAUUAUGAUGAGCAGUUGAAUUUAAAAUUGCAGAACUCGACUAGGUUUUAAGUUCUGGUUUUGCCAUCAGUAUGUAUUGAUGUUUUGAUGCAUGAUACGACUAUAUGAACGCUUCUGCCCUUGUGAU